UCGGCGGGUAGAAAGGCACCCGCCCCCCACCCGCAUGCGCCUCACGCUGCCCGUGACGGCGGUCGCGCGCGCUGGCGGCCGCCAUGGCGGUGCGGGCACUGCGAGCGCUGCCCAGGCUGAAGCCAUUCAACAGGCUGCAAGUAAUAUUACAACAUCUGAAAAUGUCUAAGCACACAGAUUCCACAGCUGAAGUGUUGUUGGAAAAGAGAGGAGGUGCAGGAGUAAUAACUCUGAAUAGACCCAAGGCUCUCAAUGCAUUUAAUCUUUCCAUGAUCCGUCAAAUUUAUCCACAAAUAAAGAUGUGGGAGCAAGAUCCUGAAACUUUUCUAAUAAUUAUAAAGGGAACUGGAGGAAAAGCUUUUUGUGCUGGGGGUGACAUCAAAGCCAUCACAGAGGCAGGAAAAGUUGGAGGUAGACUGACACAGGAUUUCUUCAGAGAAGAAUAUACCCUGAACAACACCAUAGGCACUUGCAAGAAGCCAUAUGUGGCACUUAUCGAUGGCAUUACAAUGGGAGGGGGAGUUGGCCUCUCGGUCCAUGGACAUUUCCGAGUUGCUACAGAGAAGACACUUUUUGCAAUGCCAGAAACAGCAAUAGGCCUUUUUCCUGAUGUAGGUGGAGGAUAUUUCUUGCCAAGACUAUCAGGGAAGAUUGGCUACUACCUUGCGUUAACAGGAUUUAGGCUGAAAGGGAGAGAUGUACUGAAAGCUGGCAUUGCUACACAUUUUGUAGAAUCCGAAAAGCUACCUGCCUUAGAGAAAGACCUGAUAGCACUGAAAUCUCCUUCAACAGAAAAUAUUGCAGACUUACUGAACUCUUACCAUGCGAAGAGUGAAGAUGAUCAAGAAAAGGAGUUUGUGCUUGAUAAACAUAUGGAGAAGAUUAACAGUCUUUUUUCAGCAAACAGCAUGGAGGAAAUUGUUAAAAAAUUAAAGCAAGAUGGUUCUCCUUUUGCCAUUAAGCAGCUAGAGACUAUUAAUAAGAUGUCACCUACAUCGUUAAAGAUAACUCUCAGACAACUCAGAGAAGGAGCUUCCAUGAGCUUACAAGAUGUACUCACGAUGGAAUACAGGAUGAGCCAAGCAUGCAUGGUAAAGAGCCAUGACUUCUAUGAAGGGGUUCGAGCAGUGCUGAUUGACAAAGACCAGUCCCCCAGAUGGAAUCCAGCUGCUUUAGAAGAAGUCAGUGAUGAAUUUGUGGAUGAUUUUUUUAAGCCACUGGGAAGCAACGAUCUCAAGUUGUAAAGAUCAAGCCUAUUGACAUCUUAUAGAUCUGCUUAAUGCCAUGAUAUAAAAUUUAAUAGUAGUGUGUUAAAGUUUGACAAGAUUCUUUAAGCUAGCCUGAGAUUUGUAAGUCUAAUUUUUUGCAUUCAGGAACUUUCUCUUUGUUAUGCUGCCAUAAUGACAAAAUAAUCAUAUCUCAAAUUACUUCAAGGCAAAUUAGGCAAAUUGGGUUUUUUUCUGCUUUAGACAAUGAUUAACAUUUAAUUUUUUGCGUCAACUCUUAGUUUAGGAUGAACCUUUAGGGAAGACAGCAUAGUUAAGGGAUGACCUAGUAAGAAAGAAGUUAGGAGACUUUUGUGUUCUUGCUACUGUCACUAUCUGUUGAAUUGGGAUUGUGCCUGAGAUUCUUUGUUAUACAUUGAAAAUAAAAUAUACUUAAAGCUUUGAAACAGUUGGGAAAAUGUAAGACAUGCUAAAUCCAUAGUGUUAAGUAGUCUUAAAUAAAGGGUCAGACUGACGCAUUAUUACCACGAGAGCAAGAAA